AUAAAUAUAUUUAAAAUAAUAAGACAGAGGUUACUGUAUGUAUUCGAGGAAGAAAAUGCUAACAAAUAUGUAAUUAAUGUAAAGCAUGAUUAAAAUCAGAAAAACUGUAUUUUUAAAUUAAACUGCAUUGAAAAAGUUUGUGUAAAAGAAUAGCAUAUAAAACUAUUGCUAAGAGCUGCAAUACAUAAAGAUUACUUAUUUUUAUUACAAAAUGUGUGUUUCUUUUCUGGCCUAACUGAUACAGUGUUAUUUUUCUUCACCCUUAUAGUAAAACUGAGUUGUACUUUAGAAAUUUGAGUCAUGAAACUUCUAAUAUAUUAAGAACUUACUCUUAAAAGCUUGAAAAACAGAACUCUGAUUACUGAAGUUUGUAAUGUACUCGUAUUUCAAAUUUACAUUAUUUGUAUUGUAUUUAAAAUGUGGAAUGUAGUACACAUAUAAUAUGAAACUGAAUUCAAUAAAAUUCUCUCAGGCUGAAAAAGAAGUGAACCAGGCGCGGGAUGAGGCUACUCGUACAACUCACGAACUGGGAAAGCGUAUUGAUCAUUUUGAGAAACAAAAACUGGAAGAUUUGAGGAGGUUGUUUCUGGAAUUUAUAAAAAUUGAACUGAUUUUUCAUGCUAAAGCUCUUGAAUUAUAUACACAAGCUUAUAAUUCAGUUAAGAACAUUGAUGUAGAAGCUGAUCUUAAUCAUACUGAUAAUAUAUUGGAAGAACGCUACAUCUUUCGAGGCUAUCCGCAAAUCAACCCAAUUUUUGAGAUCUUCAUAUGAUGCUUCAUAUGAAGCUCUGCUCAGACAGGCCAUGCGUCAUCAAUCCGAACAGGUAGUAAU